AUGUUUCAAUUCUUCAUCCUCUUGAUCCCCUUCUUCGUUGUCUAUCUCAUACUCGCCUUCGCCAUCCCCGGAAUAUCCAAAGUCUCGGUCCGCGCGCGCGAAAUGGUCUCCCGCGUCGGCAAGCGCUACGCCGACACAACCGUGCUCGUCGGCGAAUUCCUCGUCAACGACAUCGACAGCGAGCGCGCAUGCAUCGCCAUCAACCGCAUGAAUUGGAUCCACGCGCGCUACGGCCGCGCUAUCAAGAUGGACCAGAUGGUGUACACGCUGUGUCUGUUGACGUGCGAGGCGCUGCUGUGGAUCGAUCGGUAUGACUGGCGCGCGACGACGGCGCUGGAGAAACAUGCGAGUUGGGUGUUUUGGAGCGAGGUGGGCAGGCGGAUGGGGUUGGUGGGUGUGCCGGGGAGUUUUGAGGAGUGUGUGGUGUAUGUGGAGGAGUUUGAGGGGAGGGAGAUGCGGGCGAGUGAGGAUAAUAGGGUUGUUGCAGAGGGUGUGUUUGCGCUUUAUGCGUCGAGUGUUCCGGCGUUUUUGGGACCGGCGGUGCAUGCAGUUUUGGUGGCGUUUAUGGAUUCGAGGUUGAGUGGCGCGUUUAUGGUUUCUGGACGAUGGACUGCGGCUGUGAGGAAGGCACUUGAGUUUGGGCUGGGUGUGCGCAAGCACUUUGUUCGACACUUGAUGCUGCCGCGGACAUCGACUCUACAGGUCUUUGGCGAGGAAAAUGAGGCUGGGUACCGUCCGAUGAUGUUCUGGGAAAUUGAGCCAUGGUAUGUUGCGAGCUCGAAGAGUUGCAGCUGGGUAUACACUGCCUAUACGAGGUUCUUUGGGCUCCCGGUUGCUGGUGACGCGAAGUUCAGGCCGGAAGGCUAUAAGUUACAUGAGAUUGGACCGAAGCACUUGGAAGGCAAGGGUGGCGAGGAUGUCUUGUCUUUUGUGAAGGACAAUGAGGCUCGCGCAUUCACUACGUUUGGUCAGUUCGACAAUGCAGUCUACACGAGAAGCGGAUGCCCGAUGAACUUCGAGGAGAGGAAAGCUGAGGGCAAGAGGUCAGAAAAACUGGCUGAGAAGGCGAAGGCUGCAUGCCCCAUGGUCCUCGCCAAGAAGCUGAAGGGGCAGUGUCCGCUGGACUUUACACAGACUCCAUAG